AUGGAGAAUGCAUCAGAUGGUCGCCCGCAUCGGCAAUCCGCGCGUGGCGAGUUGUCAGGUGGUGAGCCUUCCAACUUCAAAGCCUCAGGACCCAAGGCCCGGUUCCAAGAUCCAAACUGGCCUGAAGAUGACCCGGAGUCAGCCUCCCAACCGCUCGUGAUCUCAAAGACCAGCAUGUUGGCGAAUACGGCCAGACGCUUCCGCAAGCGACAAAGCGUGCACUACCAUCCCAGUCCACCUGGGUGUCAUAACGUACUUGACAUACCAUAUCUCAUGAUACCUACGUGCUACGACAACAGGAUUGAAGAAUUCGGGGAAUACCUGCUACCCAAUGCUGUAAUUCAAGGAUUGCGGACGACUCUAAGCUUCAGUGGCUGCCUUGCCAGCGUCCAACCAAAAGCAGGGAUCGAGGAGACCGUUGCUCGACUGUUCACGCAGCUCAAUCUUGGCCCAUCAUCCGGAGCUGACUCGUUUUCCCCACUCCUUGAAGUGUUCAAUACGAUAGCUGCUCAUUAUUAUGACGACUCAAAUCCGACGAGACGGCUCCGUGCUCAAGGUUUCGACGUCAACGAAAGCACCAUGCAGGACGCAGCGGAAUUUUACGACUACUUUGCUGAACACAUGUUCCCUCCCAUCAAGAGCCAUCUGCGUGAUUGGUUCGUGCAGCGGUUCAGAAAGUGCGCCCAUUGCAAGGCGGAGAUGGCUAGUGGUGAAAAAGAGGUUGAACACAUGAUCAAAGUCCUCAUCCCGGACAAGGUACAGGCCCUACUGAAGCUCCAGGACAUGCUCCCAUACGAUAAGUGGAAUGAGCCCGAAGGUUUUAGCUGCCAGAAAUGCAGUGGCCAAUCUCACCAAGUGACAGAGCGACCGUUAUCGCUACCAAACCUCUUUUUGGUGCAAUUGUGUAGAUUCCGUCAGGGAGUCCAGGCCAAGAAGACGAAUCUCAUCCAGUUUCCAAUAGGGGAGACGGAAGUCAUAGCCUCUGCUGGAACAGGCAAAUACCGGGUAGACGGUGUCUUUUAUCGCUCAGGAAUCGGUGUCGACACUGGGCACUACUACACCAUCCCCAGAGAUGUUGAAGAUUCGUCAAGGUGGGUGAAAUGGGACGAUAGCCAGAGGUCAGUGGUGUCGGUGGAAGAAGUCGUCACGAAUGAGGCCUACAUUCUAGUGAUGAGGCAGAUGACAACGCAGAAACUAAGGUGGAUAGACCGGAUGCAGCAGUGCCAAAGAAGAUCGUACCUCGUCCUUCGUUUCUAA